AUGUUGCUCCAGAAGAAUAAUGAGUGCAUACAAAAGAUUAAGCAUCGCACGAGUCUUUGCCAAUCCGGCUUGAGCAGCCUUGGCCCAGCAAUCCACAGCAUGCUGCAGGGUAUUCACAGUGAGGCACAUCUUUGCAAUUCAUAUUAUCUUAUUCGAGAAGCAUUCGACUGUGGUGAGAAAAUCGUUGCUGAGGCCUGUGAAACAGAAGCUGUCCUCGACUUACGACAAAUUCAACAGCUGGUUCGAUCUUUAUCCACUGAUCCUUAA